AUGGCCGUCUCGGAGAAGGGCCAUGCCGUGCCUGACAGCGGAAGCUCAGAUACUGUCCAACAGACGGAUAUUAGUGUAGAAGUGCCAAUCGCAACCGAGGAUGAAACCUCGAAGAGCGAGAGCAAGUCUGGGAGUCCGUAUCUGAGAAUCUUCACCUAUGCGGGGCGAUAUGAAAAAGUCAUUCUAGGCAUUUCGAUUCUCGCCGCAAUCGCCUCUGGAGCUGGCAUUGCUCUGCAGAAUCUCAUCUUUGGAAACUUUGUCACAACCAUCACCGAUUUCGUCAUCAAUCCAGCGUCGGGGGCUGAAAAGCUUCGCCAUGAUUCUGCAAAGUUGGCGCUCUACUUUGUCUAUCUCGGCAUCGCGAGAUUUGUCCUGGCUUACACGUACAACGUCCUCUUGACCUACAACGCAUAUCGAAUCGUUCGAAAUAUCCGGCAUGCAUAUCUGAAAGCUGCGCUGAGCCAAGAGGUCGCGUACUAUGAUCUCGGCACCAGUGGAUCAAUUGCGACGCAGGCAACCUCUAAUGGAAAGCUGAUUCAGGGAGGCAUUGCGGAGAAACUUGGUCUGACGUUCCAGGGACUCUCUGCCUUUGUCACGGCAUUUAUCGUUUCGUUCAUUACUCAGUGGAAGCUGACCCUGAUUUGCCUUUGCAUCGCGCCGACUACGAUAACCGUCAUGGCCUUCGUUGGUGUUACUGAAGCAGGCAUCGAAACCAAAAUCUUCGACACUCAUGCCAAAGGCAACGCCUUUGCCGAAGGUAUACUUGGCAGCGCUAGAACUGUACAUGCCUUUGAGAUGCGAUCGAGGCUUGUCAGCAAAUUCGAUGAAUAUCUCAACGAAGCCCAUAAAUACGGACGCCAGCUCUCCCCUUGGUUUGCAGCGCUCUUCUCGAUCGAAUACACAAUCAUGUACCUGGGCUUUGGGCUUGCUUUCUGGCAAGGCGUUCAUUUAUUCUCCACCGGAGACAUUACUUCGUCAGGCCAGAUUUUCACGGUGCUGUUCUCCGUGACGAUUGCGACUAUUAGUAUUACGUCGUUGGCGCCAUACUCCAUCGAAUUCGCGAGGGCUGCUUCAGGGGCUGCGCAGCUUUUCGAGCUGAUUGACAGAAAAUCCAACAUUAAUCCAUUUGAUGAAUCUGGGGAGAGGCCCUCAGACGUCAUCGGCCAUAUCGAACUGGAAAAUGUCAACUUUGCAUAUCCCUCUCGACCGGGAAUUACUGUGCUGGAUGACUUCUCAUUGAUUGUUCCUGCGGGAAAAGUUACAGCAUUGGUGGGACAAAGUGGUUCUGGAAAAAGUACAAUUGUUGGCCUCCUUGAGCGUUGGUACAAUCCCAAUUCUGGAGUUAUCAAGCUAGAUGGCAAGCCAAUCGACCAACUCAACCUUAAUUGGCUUCGGAAACAUGUGCGACUCGUCCAGCAAGAGCCCGUGCUGUUCCAAGGAUCGGCAUUUGACAACAUUGCUCACGGUCUGGUCGGUACAAAGUGGGAGCAUGCCUCUAGAGAAGAAAAGAUGGCUCAAGUGGAGGAAGCUGCCAAAAUUGCUUUCGCUCACGAUUUCAUCUCGGAACUACCAAAUGGUUAUGACACACAGAUUGGACAGAGAGGUGGUUUGCUCUCUGGAGGUCAGAAGCAGCGCGUUGCCAUUGCUAGGAGUAUCGUUUCUCAACCCAAGGUCUUGCUGCUCGAUGAAGCGACGAGUGCGCUCGAUCCUCAUGCUGAAGGUAUUGUCCAGCGAGCACUGGACAGGGCUGCUGAAGGACGUACCACAAUUGUCAUCGCUCACAAGUUGGCCACGAUUCGCAAGGCCGAUAACAUUGUCGUUAUGAAGAAAGGAAAAAUUAUCGAACAAGGGACGCACGCUGGGCUAAUGAAGCAAGACGGAACCUAUGCUCAGCUGGUGCGUAUCCAGGACUUGUCUGUCUCGAAAAGCCAGUCGGAUACCGAAUCAGAUGACCAAGAUGACGAAGAGGCACAUGAUCCGGCCGAUCUUGUCAAGAGUUUGAACCGAUACGCCACCAAGGAUCAAGCACGGCUCGAGCAGCAGAAGGAAAGGGACAACUAUGAAAAUUACAAAAAGCUGGGAUUCCUAUCUGUGGUCUGGAGACUUGUGGUUGAGCAUCCAGAGCUAAGGUGGGCGUACAUAUUCUGCGUUCUUUGUUGCCUUGGAGGAGCUGGUGGGUUUCCUGGACAGGCGAUUCUUCUGUCCAGCACAAUUGAUGUCUUUACGUUGACUGGCUCAGAAAUGACCAAAAAGGGCAACUUCUUCGCGGCCAUGUUUAUUGUCCUGGCAGCGGGCUGCUUGAUAUUUUACGGAGUGCUAGGAUUUGCUACAAAUGCAAUCGCUCAGACUUUAUCCCACAAGCUUCGACGCCAAAGCUUGAAUGAUAUGCUGCGUCAAGACCUUCAGUUCUUCGAUCGCCCGGAAAACAACAUUGGAGCGCUGGCUAGUCGUGUUGACGCAAAUCCACAGGCCAUCUUGGAGCUUAUGGGCUUUAAUAUCGCUCUGAUUCUGGUAGCCGUGUUUAACAUCACUGCAUGCAGCAUCUUGGCCAUUGCAUAUAGUUGGAAGCUGGGACUCGUAGUCGUCUUUGCAGGCUUACCACCCAUGGUUGGCUCUGGAUGGUUCAAGAUCCGAUUGGAUGUAAGACUUGACCACCACAUUUCGGCGCGGCAGUCGAAAAGCGCGGCGAUUGCUUCGGAAGCUGUUAAUGCUAUUCGGACUGUGUCGUCUCUGGCCAUUGAGGAGUCGGUUCUCAAGAGCUACACCCAUGAAUUGGAUCAAGCGGUUGUCGGAUCAGUGAAGCCGAUGUCGUUUAUGAUGGUUUGUUUUGCUUUUACACAGUGCAUUGAAUACUUUUUCCUCGCUUUGGGAUUCUGGUACGGAUGCCGUCUUGUCUCAUUCGGCGAAACUAAUAUGCAUGACUUUUAUGUCGCCUUUUUGGGAGUCUUCUUCUCGGGCCAAGCGGCCGCUCAGCUAUUUCAGUUUUCAACAAGUAUCACCAAAGGUAAGAAUGCGGCCAAUUACAUAUUUUGGCUGCACGAACUCCAACCCACUGUACAAGAGACACCGGAGAAUAUGGAUAAAGGCCCAAAGUCAGGUGGCCCAAUUGCCCUUGACAGUGUUUACUUCUCGUAUCCCCUGCGACCAGAGGCGCCUGUACUGAGGGGUAUCAAUCUGGAGAUUCAAAAAGGCCAAUUCUUUGCACUUGUUGGUGCAUCUGGAUGUGGUAAAUCCACCAUGAUUGCCAUGCUCGAGCGGUUUUACGAUCCUUCUACUGGGAAUAUCAGCAUUGACGGCGAUAAGCUAACGCAGCUGAGCCCACGACUAUAUCGCCGAGUCGUCUCUCUGGUACAGCAAGAGCCAACUCUUUUCCAAGGAUCUAUUCGCGAGAAUAUUGCACUCGGUAUCGAUGACCCAACUACGGACUCUACAUCUACAACACAAGCAACUGUUUCGGACUCGAAGAUUGAAGCAGCCUUACGCGCUGCCAAUGCUUGGGACUUCGUGUCUUCAUUACCUGACGGUCUCGCCACUGCUGCUGGUCCAAACGGCACACAGCUGUCGGGCGGCCAACGUCAACGCAUCGCUAUCGCUCGCUCCUUGAUCCGUAAUCCCAAAGUCCUACUGCUUGAUGAAGCGACCAGCGCUCUGGAUACGGAAAGCGAAAAGAUUGUUCAAAGCGCUCUGGCCGAAGCAGCAAAGGAAGGCGAUCGAAUCACAAUUGCGGUAGCACAUAGACUGUCAACAAUUAGAGAUGCAGAUAUGAUCUGUGUCUUUUACGGGGGAAAAAUUGUGGAAAUGGGCAAGCAUGUUGAUUUGGUGGCGCAGGGUGGCAUGUAUAGGAAGAUGUGUGAAGCGCAGAAUAUAGACGGAUGA